ACGUCACAGUGCUAGUGUGGAGACGCAACACGGUUGUGAAACUCGAUCCGUGCACCCUUAAUGAAGAUGACAAAUGAGUCCAGUUGUCCUCAGGGCUCAGACACAGCCUUUAAAUAACCAUUAUGUAACACAGCAUUCAAAACAAGAGGAACCGGCUGUAGUGAGGAAACUGCGCUCUCGCGAAACGCGCGUUCGUGCUGCCAUGAAUUCUCGCAAUAAUGCUUCGUGUUUGCCCGGGAUCAAACGGGUGGCUAUUUUUGGAGGCACACAUGGAAACGAAAUGUCCGGCAUUACGUUGGUUAAUAUGUGGAUGAAGAAUGCAGCCGAGACGAAAAGAAACGGACUGGUAACCAAGCCGUUCAUAAGCAAUCCGAGAGCAGUGGAAAAAUGCGUAAGGUACAUCGACACGGAUCUGAACCGCGCAUUCACUCCUGCUAAUAUCAGUGGUCCAGAUACGGAAGGGCUGCCGUAUGAAGUCCAGAGGGCUCGGGAAAUCAAUCAAAUGUUUGGUCCCAAGGGAAGCUCGGAUGCGUAUGAUGUCAUCUUUGACCUUCACAACACCACCUCAAACAUGGGCUCCACCCUCAUUCUGGAAAGCUCAAAAGACCUCUUCAACCUUCAGAUGGUACAUUACAUCAAGAAGGCUAUGGCUCCGCACACCUGCUCAGUGCUGUUAAAUGAGCACCCACAGCUGAAAUAUUCAACCACACGUUCUGUUGCCAAACACCCCGUUGGUGUUGAGGUGGGCCCUCAGCCACAGGGGGUUUUGCGGAGCAAUGUGUUUGAGUCCAUGCGGACGAUAAUAAAGCAUGCACUGGACUUCAUUGAGCUCUUCAAUAGUGGUGUCGAUUUUCCUACAUGUACAGUGGAAGUCUUCAGAGUUCGGGAGAGUAUGGAUUACCCCAGAGACACCAACGGCAACAUUACAGCUAUGGUUCAUCCUCAUCUACAGGAUUGCGACUGGGAACCUUUGAACCGGGGUGACCCUAUGUUCCUAACUUUCGAUGGAAAAACAAUCCCCUUUGAAGGUGCCAGCACAGUGUUCCCUACAUUCAUUAAUGAGGCCGCCUACUACGAGAAACAGCAAGCGUUCAUGACCACCUGUAGAGAAAUAUUAGCUGUUAAUGCUGUCAGAAAAGUAUAGUGUUUAACCGUGUUUUUUUUUCUUUCUUUUAAAUUCACUGUGGCAUCUACAAGGUACUACCAAAUUCAAACCACAUUCAAUGGUACAAACCCUGUCACUAGGAUGUUACCCUUUAAAAUGUCCUAAUAUAUAUGUACCUUUAAGCUACUAAUAUGAAACGUGUAUGCAAAAGGGUACACCCCAGUGAUGGCUUCUGUACCUUUGUUUCUGUGAGUGCAUAAUAGUUUAUUUUUAAAAACUGUGAAUGUAUUUGUUUUAAAAAAAAGUUUUUUUUUAACAUUUUUAGAAAUACUUUUUUUACUAAAAAUGUUCUAUAAAGUACUCCAAUAUAUAAAUAUAUAAUGAAGAAAUUUAUUUUUUAGAUUAAUAUAUAUAUAUAUAUAUAUAUAUA